AGUGGGGGGGAGGACCCCACAGCCCAGUUUUUAUGGCUGUGCCCCUGCAUAGGAGGCCCCCGAGGCUGGCUCUGGCUCCCCAACCCUGCCCCUAGAGAGAGGGGCCUCUUGUCUCUGCACCCCUGGAGUAGCUGGGGGACUGGCCCCAGGGAGCCUCGGAAGGUCAGCCAUCCCCCUCCCAGAGGUCCUGGUCGCUGGAUUCCUCCGUGUGUGUGGGUGUGUUGGGUGUGAGUCUGGGGGUGAAGUUCCUGGGAGGGUGGGCACAGGGCUGGCUGUGGCUGUGCUGGCGCUUCUCCGGUCACCAGGGGAGCGGAUGGUCUGGGGGUCCAGCGUGGAGUUGCCACGGGAGUGGGGGCAUCUACCGGGCAGCUGUGAGUUGAGCCCUAGAGUGGACCCUGGGGCACUCUCACCCCCCUCCUGAAGAGAGCAGGUGCCCGCUGCCUCUGCUCAAGGAUGGGGGCCGUCACAGCCCAGUCUAGGGGCGCCCUGCCCGGCGUGUUGGCCCCGUCCCCUGCUGCUGCCUCCCCAGCGGCGCCUGGCCCUUUAAAGGGCUCCGCGCACGUGAGCGAGCGAGGCCAGCUGGGAGCACGCAGCCGGUGGGGGCGCCUUGAGGGGAAGCCGGGUGGCCCAGGGAUGGGGCCAAGGGGCAACGGUUCGCCGCACACUGCGCGCCCAGGACGACAGAAGUGUUGGUUUUCAAGCUCCCCUGGAAGUAGAGGACCGCCCCUCCCCCUCCUCCAGCACCACCUCCGCUGUCUGGCAUCCACCUCUGCGGCUCCUACCUGAGUGCUCCCGAGUUAAAUGGCCGAUAAGCAGAUCAGUCUGCCAGCCAAGCUCAUCAAUGGCGGCAUCGCUGGGCUGAUCGGGGUCACCUGCGUGUUCCCCAUCGACCUGGCCAAGACGAGGCUGCAGAACCAGCAGAAUGGCCAGCGCCUGUACACCAGCAUGUCUGACUGCCUCAUCAAGACCAUCCGCUCAGAGGGCUACUUCGGGAUGUACCGCGGAGCCGCCGUGAACCUGACCCUCGUCACCCCCGAGAAGGCCAUCAAGCUGGCAGCCAAUGACUUCUUCCGAUACCAGCUCUCCAAGGAUGGGCAGAAGCUGACCCUGUUCAAGGAGAUGCUGGCGGGCUGCGGGGCCGGCACCUGCCAGGUGAUCGUGACCACCCCCAUGGAGAUGCUGAAGAUUCAGCUCCAGGACGCGGGCCGCAUUGCCGCCCAGAGGAAGACCCUAUCUGGCCAGGCCCAGCUUUCUGGCCGGGGGGGUGCCCAGCCCCCCGUGGAGCCUCCAGCUGCACCCCGGCCCACAGCCACUCAGCUGACCCGGGACCUGCUGCGGAGCCGCGGCAUCGCCGGCCUCUACAAGGGACUGGGGGCCACGCUGCUCAGGGAUGUCCCCUUCUCCAUCGUCUACUUCCCCCUCUUUGCCAACCUGAACCAGCUGGGCCAACCGGCAUCUGGGGAGAAGUCUCCUUUCUACGUGUCCUUCCUGGCCGGCUGCGUGGCUGGGAGCGCGGCUGCCGUGGCUGUCAACCCCUGUGAUGUGGUGAAGACCCGGCUCCAGACGCUCCAGCGCGGCGUCAACGAGGACACCUACUCGGGGUUCCUGGACUGCGCCAGGAAGAUCUUGCGGAACGAGGGCCCCACAGCCUUCCUGAAGGGUGCUUACUGCCGCGCCCUGGUCAUCGCCCCGCUGUUCGGCAUUGCUCAGGUGGUCUACUUCCUGGGCAUCGCCGAGACCCUGCUGGGGCUGCCGCGAGUCCAGUCCUGAGCCCGGCAGCCACCCCACGCCCUCCAGCUGAGCGGGACCAGAGUGGGGCCAGAGCCAGGCAACGCACCCGGAUGAUGCGAGAGUCUCUCCCCACAUGGACGUGGGGGUGGGGGGAGAGGAAGGGGUGCAGGGUCCACACGGUGUGCACACGUGGGCCUGGUGGGGUUCUGCCUGCACGACCGCUGGGAUCAAUGUCUUAUGUAGAAAACUCAGAAAUCUUUACAUUCCUGGAGCCAGGCCUGCCCACCUUGGCCCCCCCCGAACACCCCCAGGGACAGAGCUGGUCUCUGGACUGGGGGCCCCCAGGCCUGGGCUGGGCAAGCUGGACCCUCCCCUCCAGUCUACCAGCUCCCGUCCCCGAGGCUUGGCCCCUAGUCCACAGAGGGGACCCUGCACAAACCUAUUUAUUAACUUGCUGAGCACAAGUGGCUUUGUCCAUCCCUCCGUCUGUCCGUCCAGCCUCCCCUGCUGCUGUUCUCGCCUUGGCCAGCCUUGCGGGAGGAUUGGGCUCUCCUGCCCCCCAUAUUGAGCCAGGAAUCCUAGGCUGGGGGUCACCCUGCGUUCUGACUCCCAGGACAGGUUCCCCGCCCCACCGUGGGACCCAGCCUCCUUCCUGGUAGGCCCCUCGGCCUCCAGCCCAGGCUGGGGACCCAGAGCGUGUGAAGUCGGGGCGCAUGUACGAAUGUUGUGGGGAGUAGCUGGUGGCAGCCCUUUGCUGGCCUGGCCCCUCAGGGAUGGGGCUGCCGGGGAUACUGCUGCCUUUCCCCACAUGGCCAGGCGCGUGCGCGCACAUGUGCUGUGUGUGCCCUAGACUCCCCACUGCCCCCGUCCAGAAAUUCAUUUCUCCGGCCUGCCCCCUCCUGCUGCACCUUUAGUAGACCCCUCUUCUAAGACCACCACCCUGGUGCAGGAUUGGCCAUAGGGGAGGGCAGGCACGAGGACCAGUCUGGAGCCUGGGAGCGUGUGCUCCUCUUGCAGGGGUGCCAGGAGCUGCCCCUCCAGUCUUCCCAGUGCCCACACUGCUCUCUGGGCCUCUGCAUACGGCCCCCCCAACAAUUAGUAAAGCUCCGCCGUCCCAGCGUCCCCCCCCCCCACCGCCCACUGAUAUUGUGAAUGGAGGCAGAGGCUCACCCUGCCCUGCCCUGUCCCCAGCCACGUGAUCGUGUUGGUGAUUGGUCUGACGUGCCGGUGCUGUGUUCCCCCACCCCCCGGGCCCCCUCCCUGGAGGCCCCUCCCAGCGACACUACCUGGGGCUCAGGCCUGGGCCCCGCAGUUUGCGGUUGCUCCUGGGAGCUGCCCUCUCUCGUCACAUCUGUACCUUGGAAGCUGCUGCUGCUGCUGCUUACAGAAUUAUAUAUUUUUUCUUUCGAAUUCAAGAGUUUUAAGAAGUUGUAACUUUUUGUGUCUUGUCAUGUAAGAAGAUAAAUAAAUAUUCUAAGUAGA